CACCCCCCAUAUCUUCCAGGAAACCGGGCCAUUAAAAAGGAUGCGCCGACUCCAGAGCAGAGGCGUGGAUUCCCAAGCAGCAGCAGCACCGCCGAGUCCUCGAAUCAGCCCGAAAUAAAACCGUCUCUUUGCCUUUAAACGAAACAGCAGAAAAUGUAGAAAGAUGUUUCUAAUAAUAGCCGCUCGUGUUUCUACCCCGCCGCCGCCUUGUUGCAUUAUGGAUGCCCGCGGACCGGCGGCCCUCGGAGGUUAGUGGGGAUCUCCCAGACAGUGAAGGCUGCAGAUUGAAGCAUCAUCAUCUCGGGGAUAAAUGCUCCAGCAUCCGUCCUGACGCGCGUGCCCGCGAGCAUCUUUGUUGCUGGAGGCGGCGGUGCGCGUGUGCGCGGGGAUGCUGCGGGAGCUGCGGGAGCGGCCGCUCUCUCUGCGCUCUCUCUCUGCUGCUGUGCGUGAUCGCGGCUCCGCGGGGCCAUGAGGGAGUAUAAGGUGGUGGUGCUGGGCAGCGGCGGGGUGGGCAAGUCCGCCCUCACCGUGCAGUUCGUCACCGGCACCUUCAUCGAGAAGUACGACCCCACCAUCGAGGACUUCUACCGCAAGGAGAUCGAGGUGGACUCGUCCCCGUCCGUGCUGGAGAUCCUGGACACGGCCGGCACCGAGCAGUUCGCCUCCAUGCGGGACCUGUACAUCCGCAACGGCCAGGGCUUCAUCCUGGUCUACAGCCUGGUCAACCAGCAAAGUUUUCAGGACAUCAAGCCCAUGAGAGACCAGAUCAUCAGGGUGAAGAGGUAUCAGCAGGUGCCGGUGGUGCUGGUGGGGAACAAGGUGGACCUGGAGGACGAGCGGGAAGUGUCGCCCAGCGAGGGCCAGGCGCUGGCCGAGGACUGGGGCUGCCCCUUCAUGGAGACGUCGGCCAAGAGCAAGACCAUGGUGGACGAGCUUUUCGCCGAGAUCGUCCGGCAGAUGGACUUCUGCCCCCUGCCGGACCACAGAGAGACCUGCUGCCCCACCUGCAGCAUACAGUAGCUCCCCGUCGGAGGCCAGGUGGAUGAGAGGACAGUAGACGUUAGAAUGCAAAAUGUGUUCAUGUUAGUUAAAAGCAAGAGAUACGAGAAAAACCCACUCUUCUGAUUACGAUUUCUACCUGCUUUCUGUAUCGGAAAAUGAAGGCCUGCUCUACGGACAGGAGGUAUUUUGGGAAAUUGAGGGAAAUCACCCACUGUGUCAGGGUUCAACACAGCAGGUUAAGGGGGAUUUCAUCACCUCUCAGACACAGGGUGGACUUUCACUUGAAAAAAAUAGCAACACUUGACCUCCAGCACCCAUCACCAUCCUGCUGAUUCCAAAUCAGGUGUGAAUUUCCCGGGUUUCCCAAAAGAAAGCAGCACGGUGCCAAAGCCAUCAACCCGAAGGACCCCAGUGCUAAAUGCAAGCAGCCAUAGGUCCGAGCACGGCUGGCAUCGUACUUAGCAGUGUAAUUUCGCCUCUUUUCUUCUGCUUGUAUCUUUUUUUUAGGCACUUUUGAGACAUUUUUUGGACAGUGCAAGACGAAAUCACCGAGUACCUGAGCAGAUACGUAACACCACUGUGAGGGAGUCGCACUGGAAGCUCAUUUCACAGCAGGCCCGCCUAACUAUGAAUGAAUGAAAAGAUGAAUGAUUGUCCAAAAUAAAAAGAAAUACCGCACCUUUGGGGAGAUUCAUGAAGAAGAUCCCGAAUGCUGGCAUACUGUGGAUGGUGUGUGCACGAAGUUGUACUGUCACACUGACAUUGAGUACAAUCAAUCUCACCCAAAGAGAAAGUAUCAAUCAGAUAACUGAUUAGUCAACCAGUCAGUCAUUAAAAUGUAUAGAUACACGUCUUUUCACGUUACAGACUACAUAAAUGCCUUGUUACAUUGUAUGAAGUGAGCAUCAGUGUCAGUGUGUAGUUCAUCUAAAGUCACAUCAAAUAUGUUAGUGGUAUGAUGUCAGAAACACGUAUUUUCAACAAAAUAAUAAAACUUUAUG